AGCAGUUUUCAAUUUUCAGCCACAACCCGCAAACGACGCACAGUCUUUCCGCGUCCGUUAACUUUUCCGCCAUUCUCGUUUUGUUUGCGUAGCGUGUAUUCCCGUGGUAAAACAUGUCUCUCGAACGUGCGGUUCGCGCCAAACUUGCUUCCAAACGAGACCCUCAACAAGAGAAAGAAGCCCAAGAAUGGAUGGAAUCUAUUCUAGGCAGGAAAUUCCCAAAGAACUAUCCAAUGGAGGAAUACCUCAAGGACGGUCAAGUAUUAUGUGAACUCAUGAACAAAAUCAGCCCUGGAAGUAUACCCAAAUACAACACUACCGGCGGACAAUUCAAAAUGAUGGAAAACAUUAACUUAUUCCAGAAGGCCAUUAAAGCGUACGGAGUAGCGGACUUGGACGUUUUCCAGACCGUCGACUUGUACGAGUGCAAAGACUUCGCGCAAGUGAUCACAACGUUGUUCUCUCUGGGCCGUGAAACUUACAGACACCCGGAAUGGAACGGUCCUUAUCUGGGACCGAAACCGUCCGAGGAGGCUAAGCGUGAUUUCUCCGAGGAAACGUUGAAGGCCGGUCAGACCAUUAUCGGACUCCAGGCCGGACAGAACAAGGGCGCUUCGCAGGCAGGCCAAAACAUUGGCGCCAGCAGGAAGAUCAUCAUCGGCAAAUAAUCCCGUGAAACGUAUAUACCUUUAUCAUUAUAUUAUAUCGUAAUAAAUAAUACGUGUCCCGUGACGUCAAAGUCCCGUGUCGUCGUUGUGUAUAGACGGUUUUAAAAUGCGAGAGAAUGUUGUCUUAUUGUAAUAUUCGUUAUUAUUGUUUCCACCCGACUAUAUUAUUAUUAUAAUUAAAUCCAGCUGGUUUUUUUAUUUUAA